AUGCCGCCCGGUACAGGACGAUCGUCUCGCUCCACCGCGUCGUCGUCGCAUGUCCCACGCGAGGACAAUGACGUGUACCAGUAUGCGCUACGCUUCGCGGUGCUGCACUCGGUGCUCCGUGCUGGACUCGAGAGCGAUGCUGAUGACGCGAACGAGGCCGGUGGCGCUGGUGCCGCGUCGGGCUCGGGCUCAGCCUCAGCCUCGACCUCGACCUCGACCAUCACCGCUUCGAACCUGACCGCAAAGCAACGGGCGAACAAUCUCAAAUUAUCCACCACCUCGUCCUCGGCCAUGGGGUCAUCCUUGCGCCCCGCCGACGGGUGGACCAAUGCGCUGCUUUCCGUCGGUGACGUAUUCCGAGACUCGAGCGGCGGCAGCGGCAGCGGCAAGAGCGUCAAGUUCCCCAAGGAGUUCGUCAAGGUGCUCGAUGGAAAGCUCGUCAAGAUAUUCCAAGGGUCGGAUCCCAAGCACGACGAGAAGUUGUUCCGAGCCACUGUCGGGGCCUUCUACGGCACCUACAAGGACAAGUCGUUCCAGACCAAGCUGCUGCAGAACCGGGGCAUAGAGGAGAUCAUCUUGACUUUCGUCACCAUCGCUUCCGGGUACCUCAGGAAGCGACUCGAAGGGGAUGAGUGGAAAGAGCACCUCAACCAACAUGUCGCCGAGUUCGUCAUGGUGCUUCGAGAUGGCCUCAAACUCUGUCGCGGCGUGCCCUCCGAGCUCCUGCUUAGGCUCGACUCGUACUGCUCAAAGAUGCAGACUCCGGCGAGUGCAGGUGGUCCCAACUCAGCAUUGACCGCUUCGACCAACAAGGACUUGUCUUCUAGUGCCUCAACCGGAUCGGCGCAGGCUUCGACCUCGAAACUCACCCUCGAUACCCACCUCACCCCACCCAUACCUGGAUCGGCGAACGUGCAGGACAUGCCAAUGGUCCUUGCAGUCGGCAAACUCUUUGGCAAAUCGAUCGCCGAUCUGAAUCGCGACUACUUUCCGAUCCGAAGGACCUGUACUGAACAGGUGAGCAAUUGUUGUGCCACAUCAUGCGCACUGCGUUCACGUUCGAUGUGCUGAUCCCUCUCGACAUGGUCUGACAGUCCGCCUUCAAUGACCUCAAGCUCUGCAUCAACAACGUCGCCAAAGGUGCUCGCUUUCCCGCAAGAAGAGAGGAUUUCGAUUCGGACGAGUCGUUCUCGACCUGGCGCAAACAGGAGAGCGAUACGCUGCAGGAAUACAUGCUCAACAUGAUCAAGCGCAACCCGAAUCUCGUGCGAUCGGCGUCAUCGACUGUCGCGACGGGUGAAACGGGCUCGAGUACCCCCCUCACGGGAUCACCGAGUUUGCGCCGUUCUGUUCUUUCGGUUGAUGGAGGUUUCCCGCUAACCUCCGAGGACGACAGCGAACCACUCGUCGACCCAGCGUUCGUAUUUGUACCGCCGGAUCCCAAGUUCUAUUACCGACGGCUGUAUGAGAUCGCCCUCAAUCACGACUACGAAGCAAUGAGGGAUCUUCCUCCCGAUCAGGACGUCUCGCUGACGAUUCUGUCGCCACUGCACGAGGAGCUUCUUUCGGGUUGUGCGACGCGAUGGCGUAUCAUGGCCCCGACUCGAGCGGGGACGUUUCUCUCGCUCAUCGGCCAGCACUACAAGUUUCAAGCCGUGCCGGAAGCCUGUGUUGCGCAGGCUCUCAGCGAUUUGGCGCAGGUCGUGGAGGACUGGGAAUACGCCCGCUGGCCCUGGGCAGACCGAGACUACCUCUUCAAAGGGCUCUCGGUGCUCUUCGACACGCUACUCAGCCGUUUCUUUGAGGUCUUCCAGGGACUUCUCGCGAUCUCCCUGGAGGAGGUAGUGGAUCUGAUCCACGAGGUGCACACGAACGAAGUCUUCCGGGAGGACAUUCGGGACCUUGAUACGACCUUGCAAGAGCUGCAACAGGGGAUGCGCAAGUUCAUCGCGAUGAUGUACGAGGAGAAACAGCUCGAGGUCAUUGAGAUCUCUCCGCCUGGGAAUGCGCUGCACCCGUUUUUGGCGAUGCUUGAUUGGAUCACUGCCGAGGCUAAGAGCUAUGACACGUUGUUCCCCAACAAAUUUGUUGAGUGAGUUCUAAAAUUGGCCAUACCAAAGGGCAAUAAAGUAAUGCUGAUGCGUCCGUAUUACGAAAUGUCAAUAGCGUGAUCGAUCCGCCAGCCUUGUUCCUGGGAAUUGCGGGUCCGUGGUUCGUCCAACACCUCAACUCGCAGCGCCAAACUCUUCUGGACGCGGUGACCAGGGAUGAAGGGGAAGGAGGCGCGAAUGAUGCAGAUAUCUUGGAUCUGUAUCGCGCCAUCUUGGCCUUGCAGAGGAUGCAUGGCGCUUUCUGUCCCAAGUGCGUGUUUUUUUCACCAGUUUCUCACGGUCUCCUCAAUACUUACCCCUAUCUUCUGUUUGUUGCACAGGGAGCCGCUCAAGGUUGAAUUUUCGAGCUGGUUCGAACCCUACAUCCGGAAAUGGCUGCAAAGGACCGAUGCCAAGACGACCGAAUGGGUGAAGGCAGCCAUUCAUCACGACACGGUGAGUGUUGCUAGUGCUCGAUCAGGAUCAGCUACGGAACACGAGCUGAUGCUCAGCCUCGCUGCUCCCAGUUCGAACCCGAGGGAGCCGACGGUCAUUCAUCCUCCAUCAUCGACCUCAUCGAUUCGUGCCGAUCCGCAACGGACUUCAUCCUCAAACUCAACUGGCCCGACUCGUACGACAACGCUCGAUACCUUACCGCCCUGUCUCAGACCAUCGCAAAGUCGAUCGAACGGUAUGCGAGUGCGCUGGAAGCAAUGUUCAUCGAUGAGAUGUACCCUCGCGGCGAGCAAGAGCAAGAUCCGGAAGCGGCUCGACCUUCGGCGUGGCUCACGAAAGCGAAGAUGGUCGUGCAGGGGGAUAAGAAGAUCCAGCCUUUUGUUUUCAAACCCGAGGUAUGUGGUCUUUUGCCUUGGUUUUGACUCGUGAUUACCUGAACCCAACGGGAUGAGCUGCUUCUGCAGACGUGUGUCAAGCUUAACAACAUCCAAGCCGCACGCAAGCUCUUGGACAUCAUGUACACGACGCUCGAUGCCGACAAUGUCUCUCGAACCGUCGAAGCUCAUCAGCAGAUGGAAGCGCCGCAGCAGGUGCGACAGCCCACGCGGUACCUCUUCACGGUCAAGAUCCUACUGGGCGAGAACCUGGCCCCGAACGACAGUACCUCGCGCAAGAAGCUCGACCCGUUCCUGAUUUUGUCGGACCCUCAAGGAUACCGCGUGGCCAAGACGCGAACGCUGUACGAUACGAACGACCCACGAUGGGAUGAGACGAUUGAUAUCUCAGUCAAAGGCGAUCUCUGGCUCCGUGCGACGGUUUACAACCGCAACCUCGUAGAGAGCCACGACAACUAUGGCUGCGCUUACGUCCAUCUCGACCCAAAAGAGUUCAGCGAUUUCAUGCCCAAGGACCUGUGGUUCCAACUUGAAGAUACCAAGCGACGUCGACUUGACAGUCGCAUUUCGUUCCGCAUCAGUAUGGAAGGGGAGAAGGAUGAUAUUCAGUUUUACUUUGGUCGCGCGUUCCGAUGGCUCAAGCGUGCCGAGAGUGAUAUGGUCCGAAUCAUGGUCGACAAGGUAAGCCGCCUGAUUGGUACAGUCGAGAUCCCACCCACUGAACCUGUCCUCGCUCAUAUUGAAAAGAUGUCGCCUUUCGUGAACCACUACAUCUCCCGCAAUACCCUCAAAGCGCUCGUCAAGACUUCGUAUAACUUUGACAUCGAUCUCGACAAGGUCCGCGGCGACGUCGUCAAAGUCGGUGGCAAGCUCAACGCUUAUGUCCGUGACGCCAUCAAUGGGCCUUCAUACACGAUCCCGCCCGUCGAGGAAUACGGUCACAAUGAGACUACGGCUUCGCCGAGUGAGAAGAAGAAGGGUCGAGGGCCGUUGACGGAUCUUGAGAUUGAGGACGCGAUUGGGGACCUGUUUGAUUACUUCAACGAUACCUUUGGCACGCUCAAGACAAGCUUGAGUCAAGAUGGCGAGUCCCGAGAGCCAUUUCGUUGAUGUUCUUAACUCAUGAUGGUGCUGGACCCCUUGCGCAGCGUGGAAUCUCGUCAUCUCGAGACUGUGGAAGGACAUUCUCACAACCAUCGAAGGCUUGAUCGUUCCGCCUCUGUCGGACCGACCCACACCGAUGAAAAUGAUGAGUGAGAAAGAAUUGGACAUUGUCUUCAAGUGGCUUGGGGUGAGUACUGCGAAGGGCCUUUGCGGUAGAUUUUUGGGGCUUAAAUGCUGACAGCGCACCAAUCGAUCCGUUUCAAAGUUUUUGGUGAACUUCUUCCACAGCAGCGGCGACGGUGUCCCGCUUGAGGAUCUUCGCAAUGCCAAAUAUCGAGGUGAGCAACGAUAUUCUGAAUGCGGUGCUCGGUGCGGUCCACUUACGGGAGACUGUUCGCACAGAACUCGUCGAAGCGAGGAUGUACUGGGACUGGACCACGGAUCAAUUGAUGGAAGAGUCGGUUCGAUCGAGUAAGUCGCGGCGGCAAUGACUUCUCUUGUUGUGUGAAGCCGAUUGCUGAUCUCCGAUUCCAACCUACAGUGCAACGUUCCAUGUUGAGCAAGAGUGACUCGCUGCUAUCGCGAUCCAAGUCGGUGUAUCAGCAACGCAACCUGGGUACGAUCCGCGCGCGCAAGAUCGAGAAGAAGCAGACGUCCUCGACUAGUGGCGAGAUGAUAUUGAGGAUCCUGAGGAUGCAGUGAGUAUCUUACGCCUUGGAGUGACCCUUCAACUCGGACUAAUUGAGCAACGAAUCUAUUGGUCUGGUACAGCUCUGGCACGAGUGACUUUAUCGCCCAACAGCUCGCGACGAUAGCUUCGUUGCAGCAAGAGAGCGCGCGUCGGCAGCAAGGCAGGGGCAAACCUGCCGGUGGGAGCUUGCAGCGACGUCCUCUCAACAAUGGCGGAAGGCAAUUAUCUUCAUCGCGAUUGGGGAGAAGCCAAGGCGCUCCUGCUGUACCCAAGCUGCCAACGACGUAUGGUGAUUGA